CGGAUGUCAGCUCUCGGUAACCGGAAGCAGUGUUAUGAAAACAUUACACAGGCACCUCCCUCAGUUCGGAUCGGACGCGUCAAUUCACAGGUUAAAGAUGCUGAAAGCUGUGGGGCAAGCUCUGUUCUCCACGGGACUACAAAACCCAGAGUUCACUGCGGUGGAGGGAAACAAGGCAGAGGACUAUGAGGUCCGCACCUACCACGCCACCAAGUGGGUGAGCACGUCUCUGAGUGGGAUGCACCUGGACGCAGCCAUGAAGGACGGCUUCCGCAGACUCUUCAGCUACAUCCAGGGCAACAACCACAAGAAGGUCAAGGUGGAGAUGACAGCCCCUGUGACGGGCCGCGUCGACCCAGGAGCCGGCCCGGCCUGCGAGUCCCAGUUCACCGUGUCCUUCUACAUCCCGGUGGAGCAUCAGGAAAACCCACCGGAGCCGAGCGACCCACAGGUGUUUGUGGAGCACAGGGAGGAGUUCACCGCUUACGUCAGGACGUACGGAGGCUUCUCCAACGAGAACGUGAAGCGAGAGGAGCUCCUGAAACUGCUGGAGAGCCUCCAGAGGGACGGCGUCCCCUUCGUGGACAAGCCGUAUUACACCGUCGGGUACGACAGCCCCUUCAAACUGACCAACCGCAGGAACGAGGUCUGGGUGCUGAAGAAAGUGGAGCAGCAAUAGAGAGAUUUAAAGGUCACGCAGCAUCGAACCCACGGCGUCAGAUUUUCAUAAGAUCAUUUCACAACACUUGAUAAAUUUAACACAGUUCCUUUUAAUGAAGUAUGAUGGGUUACGAUUUAAAGGUCAUUUAAAAAAGUACUUUCAUACAAGUUCUUUACAUAAGUUGCAUCAGUUUACAUUUACUUAACUAAAAAGUUACUGAAUAUAUUCAUUGUCUGAAAGCAGCUGCAGUGAACUCCACCUUUAAACAGCUGGAGGAGCAUUGGCUGCAGUGGAGUUAAUAUCUCCAGCAGAGGGAGCCAAAGAGUCAGUUCUCGCCUCUGGUGUAUUUGUUUUUUUAAAGGUAGAAAAAAAGACUCAGAAACGUCACUGAUCUGGUCAGAAUGUGACAAGAUCUGAAGCAGUUGUGUUGUAACAGAGUAGAUACUCACAAUAUGUACAUGAAAACACAUUAUUGAUACAUAUAAGUGUUUAUUCUGUCUGCUCUGGCCAAAGAGAACAUUUCCUAAUGCCAUGUCAACACAAUAGAAGAUAAAGUACAAGUGGGUUUACCAAAACAAAAACAAAUUUCAAGUCAGGAACUUCCUCUCUGUCAAAAUAAAAAGAGAGAUUUUGCCUAAAAGGCCACUUGACUCAGAGUGAAGUUUCAGCUGACGUCUUGGAUCAUCGGGGAGUGAACUGGAGACUGUCAGCCUGACGACAUGAUGGUGAUUUGAUCUGAUCCCACACAUCACUGACGCCUCAUCUAUCAAUUGAUACUAAGUGGACUGGAUGAAUACAGCACUUAGCAAAUACCACUUGUAUUUGCGUCUUAUUUCUAACACACACAUUCGGCACCGCUGUCACGGCCAAUAUGGGAUUCAGGACCUUGCCCCUAGACUGGAGGGGAUCGAACCACCGACCCUCUGGUUAGUAGACGAGUGACAACAAACAUCAUACUGGUGACUUCAGCCUUCACACAAGCAGAAUCAAAUUAUGUGAAUGAAAAAUGAGUUGUCUGGUCACAUGUGCUUAAAAAAAAGAUACCAAACAUUUGCAUGGCAGACAUUUUUUUAAUUAAUGUUGAUAAACACAAAAUCAAGUUCUCGUGUGUAAAGCUCUGCUUUACCAAAUGUUUGUGCCUUGUGUGUAUAACAUACUGACAAAGAGGGACAGUUACAAGCUGAAACUCUGCCUUAAACACCACUUUACCUUUUUUAUACAUUCCAUUAUAUGAAUAUUUACAUUUUCAGCUCCAGAAAUGUUUUCAAUCUUGAAUAAGGGACAUGAUGGAUGUUAAUAGGGAAAAAUAACAUGGGAACUGAUGUUUGGAUCAUGGGGGAAAAAGCACUAUUAAAUAAUGUAAACUUGAAUAUAAUCAAUAAUAAAUAUAACGCUUAAUAAAA